UCAAUCAUUCCACUUUAGAGCUCUGAGACCAAGAGCAGCGUAUUGUGCAAAACAUUUUUGGUUUUGUAUGUACAUACAUAAUAAAUUUAGAAUAGUAAAACAUGUAAAUUAGCAAAUAUAAUAUAGUAACGUAAACGUAGUUCAAGUGAAAUAAUUUAUGUGAUUAAAACUACAAUAGGUGCGGGACAACCAAUAAUAAAGCAAAAGCGUAAGAACGAGGGACAAGACCGCAUCAAAUAUUACACCAACAUAUAAUUGAGAAGACUGACAAGCACAGAAGCACAUAUUUCAGCUUCAAGCGAAAACGAUCUCAAACCUUAGUAACUUAUAAGCAAGAUACUGACAAAUAAUACUUUGGAAAUCUAAACUAAUUGUAAUAAAAAUUUAGAUUGGGAAAACUUUGAAAUUUCACGAGUACUAUUAACUGUCAAGAAGCUUUUGGCAACAUCUUCAGUAAUUGUAUCGCUGUAUAAUGUUUAGCAGCCUUGCGUCGUUUCUCUUUGGAUCAAGUACAUCUGAAACUAAGAAUUGUGAACUGAAUAAAAAUUGUGAAUUAGAAAAAGAGCAACAAGGAAAUCUCAUUCGUGAGAACCAAUCAAAAAUUUCUUCUGAGGAAGAUACCUUAUUUAUUCAAUCAAAUGAGGAACCAGAAGUUAUUACAACCAGAAAUAAGAAUAAGGGCGGCAACAAGAAAAAUAAAAUUAAACAGCAAGUGUCUAUUGGAGUAAAGCAGCCAUUUAGUAAGCAACUAAAACCACAAGAACAACAACCUCUUAUCGCAGAAGCAUCACCAAAUUUUGCACCUGAAACGCUGCUGUCGUCCGACGAAGAUUUUGAGAUAGACGAGAACGAUUGGUUUUUUGUUGAGAAGGAGGAAGCAAUUGCCUCAAAUUCGUUUUCUCGAAGAAGCUCGGAGGAAAAGUUGAGCUUCAGCUGGGAUAAGAAUCGUACUUCAACUCCAGUUUCAGAGCUUCUAGAUGGACAUCAAUCUAAGCAGGCAACCGUGCAGCAAUAUUUAACACCCCGUAAAAAUCUGCAGAAUAAUUGUAAAAAAAGCAAAUGCAACACCAGCGGACGUGACAUUAACACUGGCUGUCGGGGAGCCGAAAUUUUGGCUGAUGAAGCGAUCACACAAUCAUUGUUUUCUGUAUGUCAAGAUGUGGAACACAAUAUUAGCGGGGCCAGUUAUGAUAGUAACGGUUCUGGUGCCAAACUCUUUACCAUGGUCGGGUCGUGGUAUUUGACGCCUCCACCAUGCUUUACAUCAAACGGCCCUGUUCACAUGGAAAUAUCCCCAUUCGAGAAUCUUCUUAUUGAGCAUCCGAGUAUGUCGGUAUAUCACAGUAUUAGGUCCGCUCAAAAGGCCACUGAAAGCUUUGAAAAUUUUGACCUCGAAAUGAACGAAUCAAACCAGGAACAGGAGAAGGCGCAUUUCGAAAAUAUGUCUCAUUACCGUGAAGAAGAAAAAGAGAACUCAAUGCCACAAGCGUCUCCAAAACUUAAAGUUUCCUCUCCACAGCCACCGGCAGUUGAAAUAGGCCAAAGUGCUCAAGUUGUGGCUGAAGAGCGGCCCACUACUGGCCCACGCAUAGGCCGCUGCCCGGCAGCCCAGCUUAAGAUGGAACUCUUUGCAUGGAAUAGCCAAAAGUGUAUGGCGAUUCAUGAUAGGAGAAAUCUUCGGCGCAAUGCCAUUUUGCGUACCAACCAAGUACGUGAAAUCGACGGUAGAGGAAACCGCCAGCGCCGCGCUGACUUCCAGCAUUGCCGGCUUAUUAGCGGCGUCAACAAUAAUAGGAAAUGUUGUUAGAAGAUGUUGGAAAGCUGUGAUAAGUCUUUCAAGUUUGUAAAGAAAAGUUACAACUAAUUUUUAUAACCUCAACGCACAACAAGGACCAUAACAACACCAACAAAUUUUAACAACCACUAAAAGUCGACGGAUUGGAAGUAAUUGAAUGAAAAAAAAUUAUUGAACUAGAAUAUGUAAAAACUUAUAUAAACGAGUACAUAAAUAAACAAUAAUAAAAAAAAUAAUAAAAAAAUAUAAUUCUGAAAAAACUUAAAAAAAGUAUAUCUCAAAAAUUUACCAUUUAACUUCGAAAUGCACAAAAAUAUUGUAAACUUAAUUAAGUAGAAGAGCAAACUCAAUUAUUUGGAUUAUCUUCGAGUUUCUUAGAUUUUGUUUCUCUUAAUUAAUAUUUGAAUUAAUAUUAGAUUUUGAAUUAUGUUUAAAAUAUAAACUACUCUUGUACUCCUGUAAUGAACUA